UCCGAGAAGCCGAGCAGCUGCUGCAUGAGGAAAUGUACUGGAAAUCUGGAGCCGCAUUUGGCUUCACAAGACUUCACAAACAGGUGCUAAACACUGCUGCAAAUUAAAACGGUAACAUUAUACGUGUUAUUCACGUUUGUUCAGAGUCAGCGCCCGGCUUGUGGAGUUUAAAUUGGGGAGGUUUGCGAGAUGAGGGCCCUGACUUUGCAGCAGACGAAUGUGGCCCAAGGAGAGCGGCAGCCAGCCACAUGUGGGGGAAGUUUGUCUUCCAACUAUGCUCCUCCAAAUCUGGAGAAUAAGUUCUUAGCUCAGACCUCCGGGGUGGUGCCCCAGCUUUCUUCUCCACUCAUAAACUUUGCAGUGCAACCUUACUCCUGCUCCUCUCUCCAGCCUUCUAGCCUGUCCUCCACGUCAUCCUCCCUUCUCUCCACCUCUUCCUUCUCGCCUUCCCUCACCUCUCCCCUCCUCAGCACUGAGAACAAGCUUCUUACUAGUGAUUCACCCCAUCUCUCCUUUUCCUUGACUUCCUCUAUCCCCACUGACUCUGUGCUCUCCACAUACCUGACCAGUGGUGCUCUGAUCAAUCGCUUUGCUCAUCCUCCUUCAUUCCUGCAUCAUGGUCUGGAUGGAGAAGAGAAGAGGGAUGUUGGAGGAGACCAAGGCAGAGAGGAAAUAUCUGAAGUGAUGCUGUCGUGUUUUGAAGAAACAACUGUGCACCCUUCUGAGGAAGAUGAUGUUUUGUCUGAAGAGGAGGAGGAGGAGGGGGAGGAGGUGGACCAUGCUGGUUCGACCAUGGAAUUUCCUGUCCUGGAAACAGAGUUGGUCAACCAGGAACUGGAACAAACUAUAGCCAUCGGAGAGGAAUUUGCAGAGGUUGAUGGAGGGAAUGAAAAGACUGAGGAGGAACUGAAGGAUAAAAAGUAUCUCCUGCUGAAUGCAGUGUGUUGCUCCUUGGUCAAUAAGAGCACAAGUCCAGGCCAGAAUGACUGGGACUCAGAGGACAGUGUUUGGACCAGGAUCAUAAACCUGGCAAAGGACAUUUCUGCCCAGGACCCACAGUUUCUUCUCAAGGUGGCAGUUUACACUCGACAGGAGCUGAACAUUCGCAUCACAGCAAACUUCUUAUUGGCUCUGGCUGCCAAUCAGCCCUCCACCAAGUCUCACGUCCGCAGAUACUUCUGUGCCGCUGUGCAGCUGCCCUCUGAUUGGCUGGAAGUAGUCAGACUCUACAGUACGUGCUUCAGCCGCUCACUUCCAAUGUGCCUGAAGAAGGCAAUGGCUGACAAGUUCAAGCAGUUCAGCGAGUAUCAACUGGCCAAGUACAACACACGCAAACACCGCUGUAAACACAACUGCAACAGGCCCAAAGGCAAGAAACCAACUGAUGAGCAGCUGAAAGAGUGGGCGCACAUGCUCAGAUCAGAACAGUCUAUUCUGAAGAAGUUUCUGCAGUUAGAGAGCAGUAAAGUGGUGGUGGAUAAAAAGCAGAGCGAGUUCAGUAUGAAGAAGAUGAUCAAGAAGCUUCACAUUAAAGAACCAGCUGAACACGUCAUGGCCAUUCUUGGAAGAAAGUAUCCAGGUGACGCAAAGGCGUUUACCCACAGUGGAAUGAAGGGCGUGUGGGACAGAGAGCGAGCUGGGCAGAGAAUGAAGCUCAAAGAGCCAGAGACGUGGGAACGACUGCUCAGCAUGGAGGGCAACAAAGCCGCCACCUGGGAAAAACUCAUAGACAACAAGUCUCUUCCAUUCAUGGCCAUGCUGAGGAACCUGAGGAACAUGAUCACCAGGGGCAUCAGUGAGGCUCAUCACAAGAAGAUCCUCAGCAGACUGACUAAUAAGAAAGCGGUUAUUCAGAGUCGACAGUUUCCCUUCAGAUUCCUCGCUGCCUACAAAGUCAUCAUGGAGCUUCACACUUUGGCCUCCACAACACAGAAAGAAAUUCCCCCUGCAAAAGAAAUCCUGAAGGGCAUCCUGAAGAGGAUUCCCAAGUCCAAGCGCUACAGGCGUUUGGAAUGGGAGACGACCCAAAGGAGCAGGCUGAGGGUGACACUUGGAGUGCCAUUUAUCUAUCGAAUGUACCGAAUGAAGAAGGCCCAGCUCAUGAAGGCCAAUCAGAGGCUGUACUCUGUUGAUCUGUUGGGCCGUUACCUCAAAGCUCUGGAGACGGCAGUACAGAUCUCCUGCCGUUACAAUGUGCCCCCGCUCCCUGGACGGACGGUCAUUCUGCUCUCCACUAACAUGUCUACGGAUCACAACUGGAGCCAGAAGCAGGACUUCUGCCUCCCACCAGACCCAGAGCAAAAACAGGAGAAGGAGGAGGAGGAGGAAGAGGAGGAAAAAAAAGUGAGCAAGAAGCCAAGGGGGAAGACAAACACGGAGGAGACUGACGACAAGCUCGCUCCUUCUAUGACUGAGGUGGCAGUUUUGCUCUCUCUGAUGAUCAGCAGCAGUGCCGAGGACAGCCAGCUCCACUUGAUGGAGUGGAGUCACGGUGAAGAAGCCAAGCUCAAGUCUGACGUCCUUUUGGAAAAUGUCAGAAGUGUGAUGAAGCAAAUAAAGGCAUGUCAAGAAAAGCAGUACGAAGAGAAGGACGACAAUUAUAUCUCCAAAAUAUUAACCAAGAAAAACAAGAUUGACAACAUCAUCAUUCUGGCUGAGAGUUGGUUGAAUCAUGAUGUUGAGUACACCAUCGACACCUACAGAAAGGAAAUAAACAGCAAAGUUCUUGAGGUGCAAGUCUUCAUGUCAGCGCGAAACUCUGAAUACAGCCCACACAGGAACCAGGUGAAGCUGGCAGGCUUCAGUGAGCAAAUACUCAGGUUUGUGGCAGAGCGAGGAUCCUCCAGGCUGCUGGACCAUGUAGAACAUUUGGACAAACUGUACAACAUUGCACCACCAGAGGGAGCUAAAGGCACUCAGACCACAAGCAGUCUCGUCCCAAUACCAGCCAGCCCCAAGUUAAGGUGGCAAGGUGUGCGUGUGUUUAUCUCCUCCACCUUCCGAGACAUGCACGCUGAGCGAGACAUCUUGGUGAGGAGCGUCUUCCCAGAGCUCCGGCGUCGCGCUGCGCCGCACUGCCUCUACCUGCAGGAGGUGGAGCUGCGUUGGGGUGUAACAGAGGAGGAGUCGGGUCGAACCACGGAGCUGUGCCUGUCAGAAGUGUGUCGCAGCCAGAUGAUGGUAGGAAUCCUGGGCGAGAGGUAUGGACUGGUUCCCCCCAAACCUGUUCUCCCUGACCUGCCACAGUACAGCUGGCUGGCGUCGGCACCAGCAGGUUUGUCCAUCACAGAGAUGGAGAUCCGUCAGUUUCAGGCUCUUUUCCCCGACACAGCACACCAGCGAAUGUUCUGCUACUUCAGGGACCCAAAUAUCACCAAAUCAGUUCCAGUGGCUUGGAAAUCAGAUUUUGUUCCUGAAUCAAAGGAGGCUGAGUCAAAAAUGGCUGCUCUAAAAAGUAGAAUCCGGGCCAGCGAUGUCAAGGUCACUGAAAAUUACCCAUGUGAGUGGGGAGGUGUGGUGGAAGGGAAACCAUAUCUGAAAAACCUGGAGGACUUUGGCAAGGCUGUGCUGGAAGACCUUUGGAUGGCAGUUCUGAAGCAGUUUGUGGAGGAGGAUGAAGAGGCUGAGGCUGCGUCAGAUGUGACUGAACAGGAAGUGCAUCAGGGGGCGCUGCAGAGGCAGUUCUUUGGCAGGGCGAAGCUGCUGUCUGGAGCUGUGGAGAUGGUGGAGCAGGUCCAGACCAAAGGAGGGAUGAUGGUGGUGGAGGGAGGACCUGGAGAGGGCAAAACUGUCUUCAUGGCUGCUCUAGCAGAUGCCCUCAGGACCGGAGUAAAGUCCAGGAGAAACCUGGUCUGUGAUGUCAUCUCCUACUCCACAGCUGCCAGCCAAUCAGCACGCUCUGUGGAGAACCUUCUCCGCUUCCUUAUAAAGUGGUUUAGGAAGAUGAAAGACACUGAGAAGGAAUCACCGCUUCCCCACUCUUACAAAGAGUUGCUGUCUGAAUUUCACUCCCUGUUGAGUGAUGUGAAGCAGGACAAACCUGUGGUGCUGGUAGUUGAUGGGGUGGAUGCUGUCCGAGAUGGCGGAGGUCAGCUCACCUCUGACUGGAUACCACAGCAGCUUCCUCAGGGAGUGUGUUUGGUAGUAAGCAUCCCAUCUAAAGCAGCUCUGCUACAAACCCUGGCCAAGAAAAGAAGCGCUGUCCUGUUUACGCUGGGACAGCUUACGGUGCCGGACAGGAAGGAGAUUGUUCAGAGGGGACUUGACACCUUCGGGAAGAAGCUCAGUGACUCUGCAUUCAACAACCAGCUCCAGACACUGAUAAUGAAGAAAGGAGCAGUGAAUCCUCUCUACCUCCACCUGGCCUGUGAAGACCUGAGGAACUUUGCCUCCUUUGAUAAGCUGAAGGAGAGCCUGCAGGGCUUGCCCCAGUCUCUGAGCCAGCUGGUGCAGCACAGCCUGGACAGACUCUGCUCCCAGUACAGAGGCAUGCUGGGACUCCGCUGGGCCCUGGCAGCACUCACUGUCAGCCCUGCUGGCCUGAAGGAGAGAGACUUGUACUCUUUGCUCAACACAUGCAAUGACCUGUCCUCACGGGACGGGCAGGUGCCAUGGCAGGAAGUGCUGCAGCUGUCCAGGAAGCCUAAGGGACGCAUUCCCAUGGCAACGUUCACCCGUAUAGUGCAGAGUUUACAAAGCCUGGUUGGUCCGUCUCAUUGCCACGGCACUGACGACUUGCUGGCUCUGACAAACCCAGAUGUUAGACUGGCCUUUGAGGACUUUUUCCUCCCGGCAGAAAGCGACAGGACCAGAGCUCACCUUGUACUAGCAGCUCAUCUGUGGGCAUUAGCUGACCACCAGGGGACAGACACCUUCCUCCACUGUGAGGCCGACUCUGUUAUGCACCUGCCUUCCAGUCUGAUUGAAAGUGGCCAGCUGGAGGCGCUCCAUUCCCUGCUCUCCAGCUACUAUUUUCUGUAUGCUAAUGUGCGUCACAGCCUUCUGCACCACCUCCUGGAGACCUACAGGUUGUACGAUACGAAGCGCACGUCUGGACCCCCCUCUGGCUUCCAGGACCAUCUAGAGGACUGCCGGAGUUUCCUGCAGCGUCACGCCCCCCUGCUCUCAUCCUGGCCACCUCUUUUCAUUCAGCAGGCCCUCAAUGAGCCUCCACAGACCACUGCUCACACCUGGGCACAAGGCCUGAUGGGAAAAGGAGGCAUUAGGGUAAUUGAGUGGCUGAAUAACAAAGAUCAGAUUGUUCAAGAAUCCAGUGAGCUGGUGUCGACCUUCUCCACUGAACCGACCUGUUUGGUCGUGAGUUCGGAUGGAGAGCUGAUGGUGGUUGGUACUGGACAAGGAAUGCUGCAUUUCAUCAACACACAGACAGGACAGGAAGUGAAGUCACUGGUGAGCAACUGUGAUGGCAUCUCAAGCUGUGUCUUCCUGAAGGACAGACGUCUCGCUACAACCUCCUUUGAUGGACGAAUAGAGAUCUGGGACAUUGAGAAUGGCUGCAGGACUGCUCUUAUAGAUGGCCACACUAAUAUUAUAACAGCAAGUGAUAUCACUGCAGACCAUAAACACCUUGCAACUGUGUCUCUGGACUUCAAGCUGAAAGUGUGGUCCUCUACUAAAGCACAUGAGGUAGCAGCCCUGUCCAGCGCCAGCCCAUUUAACUGUGUGACCUUUGACCCUGAGGGUCAUCUGCUGGCUGCUGGUUGUUGGAACGGGGACGUGAUCGUGUGGAACUGGCUCCAGAAUAAAACUCAAACUUCCCUGUCUGGUCACCAGCGCUCAGUGCGUAGUCUCUCCUUCUCUUCCUCCUCCUCCAUGCUCUGCUCUGGCUCCAUAUCUGGAGAGGUCAGGGUGUGGUCAGUGCCCACCUCCACCUGUGUUGGAUGUUUCCAGGCUCACUGUGGAGCCACAGAGGUCCUCACCUUCCUGGAUGAAGGAGCCAUGCUGCUCAGCGGUGGCUCAGAUCACAUGCUCCAGCUCUGGUCAGGAGGACUUGGGCGUUCAGUCAUUGCCUUGAAGAGAGAUGAAAGUGAACAGGAGCCUCCUCAGAAGAAACGGAAGUCUGUGAACUCGGUCCCUGCUGCGCUGUGUGUGGCUGUAAAUGGAGACUACGCUGCUGUGGGAUACCACGGUGAAGGCAUCAGACUCUUCCGUCUCGACUCAGGUGAGAUGAUUUGGGCACCAGGACGCCUUGACGUGUCUGUACUGUGCAUGAUGUGGGUGGUUUUGGACCCGGAGCAGACUGAACCUGAGCUGCUGGUCUCUUCUGGGAGUGACAAACGUCUGAGGGCCUGGAAGAGAGAAGAAGGAGAGGAGGGAAUGAUGGGGGACCUGAAAAUGUGGGAAAUGUUUGCUGCGCAACGAGGUGUCGUCCUGGCUCUGGCACAGAACUCCACUUACCUGGCUGCAGCCUCAGAUGACUGCACCAUUGGUCUGUGGUUGUUGAGUGAGCUGGCCGUUGACCCCAGUAUUGAUCCUCAAAUAUUGCUGAAAGGCCACAGUGGAGGGGUCACCUGUCUGGCUUUCAGCCCUGAUGGUGGACAGCUGCUCUCCGGUGGAAAAGAUCAGGCUCUGAUGCUGUGGGAUGUAACUUCAUCUCCUCCUGCUCUUUCAAAGUCACUCCCUCACUCUCACAGAGACUGGAUCACUGGCUGUGUCUGGACUCCAGACUGUGUGAUUAGCUCCUCAAACGAUGGGAGACUUUGUUUGUGGGAUCUGCAGGCAGGCCAGUGCCUCAGAGAAAUCUCCUGGAAGAGUCCUCUUACCUCUGUCUGCUGUGUGGGACAGUAUGUGAUAGCUGGCUGUGCAGAGGGAGGACUACAUGUGUGGAUCUGGGAAACCAAUGCAGAAAUCUGCCACAUUCCUGCCCACAAGCAGCGUAUACACCACUGCUCUCUCCUCACAAAUACAGACAAGAACACAGAAGUCAACCCAGAAGAAAUGACUGUUAUCACUGCAUCUGAUGACGGCACAGUACAGCUCUGGAAACCACUGCAGAUGCAGCACUUCAGCACCUUCAACGGACACAGUGGUGCAAUUCAUGGAGUUGUUUGCAAGCAAGGAGCCCCAGAAUUCCUCAGUGUUUCUGAAGACGGCUCACUGCGAUGCUGGACAUGGACAGCAAAGAGUCCUGUCCACCUCUCAGGCCCCGUCACUGCGCUCUGCUUCUCUCAGGAGGAUGAUUUAUGUCUUGCUGGUUAUGAAUCUGGUUUGCUGGAGUUGUGGCAGCACAGCGUAUUGGUUGGCCACAAACAGGCCUCAGACAGCGCCAUCACAGCAGUCUGCUCCAUGCCUCACAGCCAGUUUGCUGUUGGCUACACAAAGUGUUUUGUUGACGUGUGGAAGCUGGUGUGGAAUCAACAACACAGCACCGCAAGCCUGGUGAAGGUAAAAACGUACAAAGUGAACAGACCAGUGGUCCACCUCUCCUACUGCUCCGUCCUGAUCGGCGUGUCUGGCUGUGGAAUAAUAUUUGACGUCACACAUGAGGACAACAAUUGGCAGCACACAGUCUCAAACUGGGCCCAAAGUGUCCGAAUUUUGAGUCUGAUCCGUAACGAUGAGAAAAGCAUGUGGCUGGUGGGCGAAGAAGAUGAAAAAGUUCACAUCGGCUUCAUUUUUGCCAUGGGCCCCAAAAAUAGUCUCAGCUCCGCUUUCAGCUCGAUGCAACUUGAGUACGAUGUUGAGGAGAAUGAGAAGAUCGGAACCCCAGUAACAGCUCUAACUGUGGACAAAGAGUUUGUGGUGUGUGGAGACAUGAGGGGCAACAUGUGGUUCAACCAGCCUCCUGAGCUUUCAUCAUGGACCAGCAGAAAACCUGCUCACAGUGACAGGAUCAGUGUGCUGAGACUCACCGACAGCACCAUCAUCUCAGCCUCCGAUGACAGGACAGUGAAGCUGUGGGACAGAGUCACCAAGAAACAGGUGGGAAUGUUUGUGUGUGGAGGUCCUGUCCUGCUUUUGGAGGUGAAUCCAGAAAAACCCACUGAGCUGGUUUGUGGGGACGGACAAGGAAAGCUCUACUUUCUCUCCUGGAAGGAAUAAUCCUCUAGUUCUUAAAAACAGUUUAUCACUACACUAACAAAGAUUAUGGGAUGUUUUGCUUCAAUUGUGGUAAAUGUGCAAUAAUAAUUGUGUUUACAUGUGUCUUUAAUUUAGAUUAAGAGAAACUUGCAAAUAUAACAAGCAAGUAUAAAAAAUGACAAAGCUUUAUAAGUAUCAUGUUAUAGUUUUAUGUAGCCUGAAUUUAUUGAUGUUUUUUUAAUUUGAAAAUUGUAAUGGAAGGAAAAUGGAAUGUGGGAUGUGAUAUGAUAUUUUCUUUGAGUAAAUUAUUUGCAACUGUCA